AUGGCAACCAUUAAUCCAUCUUCGCUUACUCAAGAAGAGCACAACGAGUACACUGAUCAAACGUCCACUCAACAAGAUUUGAAUAAUAGAACUAACUCUCCACCGAAUGAUCCCACUCUAGAUCCCCCUCAAGAGGAUAACGAACUACUCAACCAGCAGCUUGCCCAAUAUCCCGACUUUUCGCGCUCAAAUAACUCAACUAACCCAAUUACCACCCAAAAACAACCUAAAAAGCGUCAUCAGAAGCAACGUAUUAAUAGGCAAGGUAGCGACGAUGACGUCGAGCUCGAUCCUGCUGCUCCUCCUCUUUCCCCUGAACCUCUGUUAAAUCCCUCACAACAAGCACGCGUCAACUUAAACACUAAGCUAGAAACUAUAGCUAAAGGCAACAAAAAGUCUUAUCGCAAGCGUAAACGUAAUGAUGAAGAUUUAGAUGCUGCUGCAGAUGAGGAGCUACACCUCCUACGUGACCAAAUGUUUACCGCAGCAGACCAGGAUGAGGAUAGCAAGAAGGAAGGUAAACCUGCACUCAACAAACUCAGACUCCUCCCACGCGUCAUUGAAACUAUGCAAAAGACUCACUUGGAGACUAGCAUCCUUGAAAAUAAUUUCCUUGACGGUGUACGUAGGUGGCUCGAACCUUUCAGCGAUAAAAGUCUACCUCCACUAAACAUACAAACGGAGUUUUUUCAAAUUCUGUCCAAUAUGUACAUCGACACCCAGUCGCUCAAAUCAAGCAAACUAGGUCCUAUCAUUCUCUUCUACUCGCGACACUCGCGCGUCAAUAAUUCCAUAAAGCGUGCCGCUGAUAUUCUCGUCACGCGCUGGAUGAGACCGCUCCUUAGACGCUCAGCUAACCCACGUUCGUAUCAAUUUAAUACGAGUGAACAAGUUGUUCGCAGUCAUGAUGUAUCUGUCAACAAUAAUGACGACGAACAACCAUCGUCGCGCACUCGAAUCCCUGAAGUCGAGAGGAAGAAGUAUAAGAUAGCAGCUACGAGAGGUAUCGAUGGUAUCAAGUCAAGUAACGUCGCCAACACCAAUCAAGAAUCUGAACGCCAGAGACAGCUCUCGAGGAAGUUUAGCAUGUUGAAGAGGAAGUGA